AUGUGGUGGCUUAAGCCUAGUGAGAGUGAUUUAGAGGUUGGGUUAUGUCUUCUUGAAAAGGACUCAGACGUUUUGGAAAUGGUUAAGGCUGCAUUAGGUAAUGGGAACAAAAUAGAAAUUUAUUUCGAAGAUUGCAUUGCACUUCCUGACAUUUUGGCUGGACCUGCAGAAGGGACUGAUGGGUCUGUACCUCAAAGUGCUGAUGAGGAGGGGGUGUUAGGUGAUUCAGUUGGCAGUUCAUAUGACUUUCAUAUGAAUACUGCUGAUGAAUAUGAAGAGGGAGAGGACAAUGGACUGUCAAGUGAUUCAUAUGACAGUGUAGAAGAUGAGUCAUAUAAGCCUCCUCCACCGGGUGUUGAUGACGAAACAGAGGAUGAACUGUAUGAAGAGGAUGAGCCACUUAUUUCAUUAAAAAAAAGCCGCUAUGGUUACAAUUCUGAAGAGCUGAAGACUCCUCCUUCAAGUGGGGAUGAGGAGGUUGAAAGGGUUGUGUUUCCAAAGUUUAAUGAGGAGAAUACUUUUGGUCAUGUACAACUUGAGCUUGGAAUGGAGUUUGUCAGUUUAGAGCACUUUAAAAAUGGUGUGAAAGACUACAAUAUAAGUCUUGGGAGGCAAUUUAAGUGGGUUAAAUAUGACAAGGUAAGACCAAGGGCCAAAUGCUCAAAUGAAGAGUGUGACUGGAUGAUAUAUUGUGCCUGGAACAACAAAUUCAAUAGUUUCCAAGUGAAGACAUUCAAUGAUUCACAUUCCUGCUGCAGAAUUUUCAAAAAUAAAAGGGCCAGCAAGGAUUGGGUUCUAAAAAAGUUGAAGAAAAAGAUGGUCACACAGCCCAACAUGACUAGGGUUGAAGCUUAUGAGCAUUUAAAAGAGGAGUACAAGGUCCAUGUACAUCUCAAGAAAGUGACCAAGGCACUGCGUAAAGCCAAGGGCAGAAUAGAAGGAUGUGAGAAGGAAUGGUAUGCCAAGUUAAGGGACUACCUGACUGAGAUUUUGAGAAGCAAUCCUGGAUCCAUUUGCCAGAUGCAAGUAAUACCACAACCAGUACCUAAUAGCCCACCUAUUUUUUCUAAACUGUAUAUAUGUCUUGAUGCCUGUAAGAAAGGAUUCAAAGCUGGUUGUAGGCCAUUGAUUGGCCUGGAUGGUUGUUUCUUAAAAGGAUACUAUGGGGGACAGCUCUUGAGUGCAGUGGGAGAGGAUGCAAACAAGAGCUUUUAUGUCAUUGCUUAUGCAGUGGUUGAUAGUGAGACCAAAGAAAACUGGAAGUGGUUUCUGAACUUGUUACAAAAGGACAUUGGCAGCCAUGUAGUACAUGGGUGGUACUUCAUUUCUGAUCAGCAAAAGGGUUUGAUACCAGCUUUGCAGGAGGUCAUGCCUGGUGCCCAUCACAGGUUUUGUGUGCAGCAUGUCUGGAAGAAUUUCAUUAAGCAAUGGAAGGACAAGGCCAUUAGGGGAAUAGUUUGGGAGGCUACACGAUGCACUGUUGUGCCCCAAUUCCAAAGAACUAUGCAGAAAUUGAAAGAUUUUAAUGAAGAUGCUUGGGCAUAUCUACACAAGAUUGACCUCUCAUGCUGGGACAAAGCCUAUUUUAGUCACUGGCCCAAGUGUGGCAACAUAACCAAUAACUUGGCUGAGGUUUGGAAUGCAAAAAUUGUAGGAUACAGGUCCAAGCUCAUAAUCCGUCUAUGUGAAGAACUUAGGUGCUAUAUCAUGAGGAGGAUGGCUGCACAUCAAAGAAUUCUUGGAACAGUUAGGGGUAAAAUUGCCCCUGCACAACAGAAGAAGUUGGGUCAAUUGAAGGCCCUGAGCAAUUCCUGGACCCCAACAUGGACAGCGAAUUUGGAUCAAGACAUAUACGAAGUGGCUGAAAAGGGUGAAAGGGUUGGAGUCAAUUUAACCUAUAAGACAUGUGCAUGUAAUUUGUGGCAGCUGACUGGAUUGCCAUGUGAGCAUGCAAUUGCUGCAAUAUGUCACAAGAAUGAACUAGCAGAGCUGCCAAUUGGUCGUCCCAAAAAACAUAGGAAGAAGGAUCCAAGUAAGGAGCAUGACAGCAAAACCAAAAGAUUAAAGAGGACAUAUGCUGAUAAAUGUGGGCAGCCUCGUCACUAUGCAAAGACUUGUAAGGGACCAGCUGCAAGCAAGAAAGGGAAGAGAGCAGCACCACCUUCUGCUCCAGUUAAUGUCAACAUACCAUCAAGACCUGAAGAGGAGCUCCCUCUGAGUCAAGGAGGACGUUCUGUACUAUCAAGACCUUCCCAGGCAGUUGAUGAAUCAAUUAGGGGCAACAGCCCACCACCUACUGCCCCACCACCACCAGAAGUUUUGUCAAGUGAAACUCUCAAUGCAACAAGCAGUGGCACAAGGAGCAGGCUAAUGGCCUUCAUGACCACACCUGGGUUUAGGCCACCAAGGCCAGCUUGA